CGCUCUUACCCAGCGACAACGCUGAAAGCUCAAGCCUGAAGUGCACUAUAGAGCGGACAGAAUAUGUCCAGUCUCGCAGGCUACGUUGAUCGUCGUGUUCUCCUCGUCCUUCAAGACGGUCGAACCAUAGUCGGCGUUCUGGCAGGUUUUGACCAACGUUCGGAUAUCGUCCUUUCGGACUGCGUGGAACGAAUAUAUAGCAUGGAGGAAGGUGUUGAAGAAGUACCUCUCGGACUAUAUCUCGUGAAAGGAGACCAGAUCCUACUAAUAGGAGAGCUUGACGAAGCACUAGACAAAGCUGUUGAUCUAAGUACAGUCCGAGCAGAGCCAAUCGCUCCAAUUCGCUAUUGACGGGAUAAGCAACCGGCUUGUCUCAUUAGUUCUCGCUAGUUGAAGGCACAACAUUGUUACUUUACUCUUAAGUACGCCAGGGCGGAUGUGGAUCGUGGAGUGGAGUGGCAGCUGACAACUCUUCACGCGCGAAACCCUGCUCCCUUUGACGGGCGGAAAACCUGGCUGCGCACUUGCGCGUAGAAUAGCCAAAAAGUAUGUACGACGCGAUUUGACAUGUCGAUAUCAUAUGACGAUUCGAAGCA